AUGUCGAAGCGCAAGGCAGCUGAAGAAGCCGAGGCUGUGAUAGCCAAGAAACUGGUCGUCGAGCCCCUCGACCCCAUGGCCCAGUUAGACGAUGAAGAUUAUGACGAUACCACGAGCUACUCGGCCGAUACGGCCAAGCCAGAGACGGUCUGCACGGCCACAACUGCAUUGUCCAAUCGCUCUCGCAAAUUUCCCUCCGACUUUAAGACGAUCAAGUGCACAUAUCCCGACUGCGAAAAGACCUUUAACCGGCCUGCCCGCCUCGCCGCUCACCUGCGCUCGCAUACCGACGACCGCCCCUACAAGUGUACCCACGAUGGGUGUGACAAGACGUAUCGCGAGGAAAAGCAUUUGCGACAGCACGUCAAGGGCUCCCACAGCCAGGAGCGUUCCUACGUGUGCACCACCGAGGAUUGCGGCAAGUCCUUCCUGACCGCCACCCGCCUGCGCCGUCAUCAGGAAGUCCACGCCGGCCAGAACCGCUUCCGCUGCCGCGACUACCCACCAUGCGACCAGAGCUUCCGCAAGCACAACACACUACAGCGUCACAUUCGCGCCGAGCAUCAGGGCGGCCCCGCCUACCUCUGCCCCGAGCAGGGGUGCCACGCCGGCUUCGACUCGCAGGGCGCCCUGCGCAACCACACCAAGCGCGACCACAGCGAGCCGUGCUUCUGGUGCGACGAGUGCGAGCUCGAGGCCGACCCCAGCGGCGACCGGCCCCCGCGCCGGGUGGGCUUCACGAGCCUGCUGCUCCUCCAGACGCACAUCCGCAAGGAGCACCUCAACUGCAUCUUCUGUGACCAAAAGUGCAAGGGGCAGGCCGAGCUCGAGCGCCACGUCGAGCUCUACCACUCGGGCAUCCCGCUUGAGGCCCGCAAGACGAUCCCCUGCGCCUGGCCCGGCUGCGACAAAAAGUUUACCAAGAAGAGCAACCUCAACGCCCACGUCCGCUCCGCCCACGAGGGCCUCCGCUUCGUCUGCGGCCAGGCCGAGCACGCCACGACCGCCGACCUCGCCGCCUGGCCGCGCGAGCAGGGGUGCGGCACGGCCUUUGUGACCAAGGGCAACCUCGAGGCCCACAUCCGCCACGUCCACCUCGGCAUCGAGCGGCCCGUCCCCGCGCCCCUCGCCGACCGCGACGACGACGGCGCCGGCACCGCCGCCGCACACCAGAAGCGCAGGCGCACGACCACGACCGUCAUGGACCAGGUCGCCGGCACCGACCGCCCCAUCGCCUGCACCAUGCCCCACUGCGCCGAGCGCUUCUUCCGCGCCCACGACCUCGACCUCCACCUCGCACACCACCCGCCCUCGCCGAUCGAGGCCGAAGUCCUCCGCCUCGGCACCGAGGCCUCGGCCGAUGACACGUCCGCGACGGCCCACCCGCAGCAGCAGGACGAUGUCGCCGACCGCCCCAUGCCCGAGCUGCCCUUCCUCGGCGUCAGCCAGGAGAUCGUCUACCGCGACGAGGCGGACCCCGUCAUCCGCGUGCCGCAGGACGACGACUUUUGGAUCGGCGCCGGCGACGCGUUUGGGCUCGACGCGGCGGCCGUGCCGGGGACCGCCGGCCAGCAGGACGUGACGUGGCAGCAUGACGAGGCGGCGAUGCGGGCGCUGAUUGACGAGGACUUCAGCCGCUUCAUUGACCCGGCGCUCGGGGAGGGCAUGUUCGCCAUGGAGUGA